AUGGGCCUGGCUACCCCAAGGAAGACUGGAACACAGUGCGGCAGGCACGAGUGUGACCCUAGCAUUUGGAAGGUGAAUAUAGGAGAUUUAGAAAUUCGGGGUGAUCCUCUGAUUACCCAGCGAGCUGGAGGCAAGUGUGGGCCGCCAUCGGAGAGCAGCAGCCAUGGUCUUGCACUACCCGUGGCCGUGGGCCUCAACAAGAACUACAAGGUGAUGAAGAACAUUGUCAUUGUCAUCAGCAAGCCGAGACACAGCUGGUGCCGCGGGUGCUUCACCAAGCACAGCAAGUUCGUGCAGGACAUGAUCCGGGAGGUGUGCGGCUUCGCGUACUAUGAGCGGUACGCCGUGGGGUUGCUCAAGGUGUCCAAGGACAAACGCGCACUCAGGUUCAUCAAGAAGAUGGUGGGUACGUACAUCCGGGCCAAGAGAAAGCGGGAGGGGCUGAGCAACGUGCAGGCAGCCAUGAGGAAGGGGGCAGCCAAGGAUUGA